UCCCUCUCCCUCCCCGUUAUUCCCCAGCUUCUUCGCACCUUCCCUCCUCCUCCUCCUCCUUUCCCCGCCGGGGCUGCGCAGUGAUGGGAGCUCCGCGUUCCCUCCCCAGGAUGCCCGCGGACCUCCACCUCUCCUUCAGUAGAUGCCCGGGGAGGCGAGCAGCGGCGGCCCCGCGGAGCCCCGGGAGCGGCGCAGACGGCGCGGACGGGCGCGGGCGCGCACCGAAGCUCUUCUUCACACUUUGAAACGGAGCCGGCGAGUGAAAGCCAACGAUCGCGAACGGAACCGCAUGCACCACCUCAACGCCGCUUUGGACGAGCUCCGCAGCGUCCUGCCCACCUUCCCCGACGACACCAAGCUCACCAAGAUCGAGACCCUGCGGUUCGCUUACAACUACAUCUGGGCUCUGUCCGAGACCCUGCGCCUGGCCGAGCAGAGCCUCCCGCCGCCCCCCAGCCCCGGCAGCGACGCGGGGUCCUGGCUGUCCAGCGCAUCCCCGGCCGCCCCCUCCCUCUGUGCCUCCCCCUCGGGCCCCAGCAGCCCCGCCACCUCCGAGGACUGCGCUUACGCCCCCGCCGACACCCUGCGCAUCUUCCGCGGGCUGCCGGCCCCCGGCGCUCCUUGCCGCUAAGGGCAUCGCCCCCCUCGGAGGGGAAAAGGGGGUGAUUUCUCCUCCCGUUGCACUUUCCCCCCCCCCUCAUCCCAUCCCCCCUCCUCUCUUCCCCUCCGCCACCGAAAACGGGGAAGAAAAGCGACAGAUUUGCUGCCGCAGACGAGGUGAAAAGUCAAUUUUACAAUUUGUAGCUCUCCAGCGAAGAGAAACGAGCAUGAAAAUUUGGUUUGAACGCCCUGACAAUGCCAUGAAAAGGCUUAAGGGGGGACGGAUGCGGCGCGGGGCGCAGCGCGGGGCUCAGCGCAUCCCUCCUGCUCAGCCCCUGGCGGAGGGGGGGACCCCAGCACCCGCCCCGAUGGGACCCCGAGGACAAGCGGAGGGGCUCAUGCAUUAUAGAUGCUGACCCCCAGCGCGGCGGUCUUGCUUUAGAGCAGGAGCAGACACGGCGCAUUCAGCGACGGGGGCCAGAUAGCGGGUUAAUUUAUUCAAGAUGUUCAUUCAUAUGAAAAUUGUAUUUUUGUACAUAAAGAGCUUUAUUCUAUUAUUAUGCCUCUUAUCAAAGUGGGUUGUUGUUGUUGGGGUUGUUUUUUUUUUUAAUAAGAAAUUGUACU